CUUUGUUAGAGUGAUCGGAAUGGCGAAUGCAUCACCCUUGUCUCCGACUAACCAACACUUCUUCCAGCCUCUUCUUCCCGGAUUCCAGAGCAACCUCAAAAUUCCUGUGAACUACUUCUCUGAGCACAUCGAGGGAAAACACGAAGGCAAGACUGUAACGUUGAGAACAGAUGCGUCGGAGAGAACAUGGGAAGUAAAGAUGGAGGGUCAUAGACUCACGGAAGGUUGGAAAGAGUUCGUUGAGGCACAUGAUCUUCGAAUCGGUGACUUUGUUGUCUUUAGACAUGAAGGAGACAUGGUGUUCCAUGUCACUGCUUUGGGACCUAGUUGCUGUGAGAUCCAAUACCCACAGUCUAGCAGACAUGAAGAAGGCGAAGAGAGUGGUGAAAAUGAAAUAUCCGAGAAAGAAGGUGAAGAGAAUGUGCAAAAAGAAUCUGAUAAGUCUUCAUCAGAUCUGAAUUGUUUUAGCCAAUCCGUGACGCAUUCAAACAUAUCAAGAGAUGCAGUGAGUGUGCCGAGAGAUUUCGUGAAGCGAAGUGGUUUUAGUAAAGGAAGGCAUGAGAUAGUUUUGAUGAACGAAGAAGGAAAGUCAUGGGAAUCAGAAGUAAAGAGUUAUAUGUCUGGUGCGGUUUAUUUAGUUGGAGGUUGGACAACUUUCUGCACCGAAAAUAAAUUAGAUGUUGGAGAUUCUUGCACAUUCAAACUGUUGCAAAAGGCGAAAACGCCCGUGUUUCAGCUCUGCAGCCGCACAAAGGUGGAGAGUAUGAACAUAACUGGAGAAAGCAAGUUUGUGAAGUUAACUCCUACACCAAGCAGCCUUGCGCUUGGUAAAAGCAUCUACCGUUAAGUUUCACGAAAGUGAAUGGACUCAUCAAUCCAGGGAAGAUAAUUC